CUGGCCCGCCUGAAGGUGCAGCAGAAGGUGAGCCGCAACGAGGACCUCCUGGUCCCGGCUCAGACAGCAAGCCCUGGAGCCUCCCAAGUACCGCGCUACGUCCGAGUCAACACCCUGAAGACUUCUGUGGACGAUGUGAUUGACUUCUUCAAGCGCCAGGGCUAUUCCUACCUGGGCAAGGCAUCCAGUGUGGAGGAACUGAGGGCCCUCUCUGGGAAGAAAUUCUUGUUGGAUCUUCAUCUCCCGGAGCUGCUGGUUUUCCCUUCGCAGACGGACUUCCACAACAACCUGCUGUACACUUCAGGACACAUAAUUCUGCAGGACAAGGCCAGCUGCCUCCCUGCCUUCCUCCUUGGCCCUGCUGCCGGCUCCCAUGUCAUUGAUGCCUGCGCUGCUCCUGGGAACAAGACCAGCCACCUGGCUGCCAUCCUGAAGAACAAGGGCCAGAUCUUUGCCUUUGAUGUGGACACCAAGCGCCUGGCCACCAUGAACACCAUGCUGAUGCGGGCUGGGGUCACCAGCUUCCAGCUGGCCCAGCAGGACUUCCUGACUGUGGAUCCCAGAGACCCCAAAUACAGCAAGGUGACCUAUAUCCUCCUCGACCCGUCCUGCAGCGGCUCAGGGAUGGUGAACCGGGUGCCAAGGGAGGAGGCUGCCCCAAGUGCUGAGCGGCUGGAGGCGCUGGCCGGCUUCCAGCGCAAGGUCUUGAGCCAUGCCCUGAGGUUCCCGGCUCUCCGGCGCCUGGUCUACUCCACCUGCUCGCUGCACCAGGAGGAGAACGAGGAGGUGGUGCACGCCGUGCUGCAGGAGUGGGACUCGACUUUCAGGCUGGUGAAUGCCUUCCCUUCCUGGCCCUGCCGAGGGCUUGCUGCCUUCCCUGGGGCAGAGAGCUGCCUGCGCGCCUCUCCGGCAGACACGCUUACCCAUGGCUUCUUUGUGGCUGGCCUUGGGGGGCAUUGGGGAGGGGGUUGCUGUUCACUCUUAACCUGCAGCUCCCUGCCUGCGGCAGCUGAGGAGAACUCACAGCAUGGUGAGGGAAUGGAAGUAGCUCCCAAGAAGAGGAAGAGGAAAAAGCAGUGGGUGAAGGAGUGA